GAAGAAGAGUUUAAAUACGAGGUAGUCAGCUGCCGUCCUUUGCAGCUCAUAGCUGGGCGGAGAGCCGCUGCUGACAGUUGCAGCACAAAUUCUGGAUUAUUUUAACAACCCAACGACAAGAGGUCUGCAGAGGGCCCGGAUGAGACGUGAGCAUGGUGGCGCUGUUGAAGCCAAUGACUUUGUGAUGACAGCAAAGGUGUUCAGAAAACAGCAGGAGUUUUCAGCCGUCUCUUCGUUCCACCUCAGCAAGCAGAGGAGGACUCGGACCAUCAAGGAAGAUGUUUUUUGUGGCUGGAGUCAGAAAUGCGGGGGAAUCAGGAAGAGGAAACGAAAGGAGGUCAAUCUACCAGAAGUUUCGCGAGGUAGAUAUAUUGGACAAGAAGAAGACGGUGACGGCUCUGCAGGCCGGAGAAGAUCGAGCCAUCCUCUUGGGGCUUGGAAUGAUCCUGUCUUCGUUCAUGAUGUAUUUUGUCCUGGGUAUCACCAUUCUGCGCUCUUACGCUGAAAGUGUGUGGACAGAGGAGGGGGUGUGUGUGGUACUCAAUUCAACGGUCACUGCAGACAUGAACUGUUCCUACAACUGCGGGUCAGACUGCUGGAGGGUGUCCAAAUACCCCUGCCUGCAGGUCUACGUGAGCGUCAACAACACGGGCCGGGUCUGUCGUUUAUCUCACAACGAGGAAACCCAGGAUGCCAGCUCUGAAUGUGUCUAUGUGCCGCGCUGCCAGAAGGACAGCAUGGCCAUGCAGGCCAUAAAGGACAUGAUCAUGAACGUUUCCCUUCACCUGAAGGUGAACAAGCAGGUCCCCUGUUACUACGACCCCAGCGAGGGGCAGGACACCGUCCUCCUGACCCGAAUCUACAACCACAGCGUGGUCCUCCGCUCACUGCUCUGGCCUUCCUGCAUGCUCCUCGGGGGGGCCCUCAUCAUUUUGAUGGUCAAGCUCACGCAAUACCUCUCCAGACUUUGUGAGGAGAUAGGAAAGAUCAAGAGGUAAAAUAUGUCCAGCAGCAGCUGCAAUAGCCGGCCUUGUACCGACGACGUGGAAGAUGAAAGGGAUUGUUCCAACCAAAGCAACCUGACCUCUGGCAAACUUUUUCCCUUGACUGAGACACUUGAACAGCUGACGACCAACGUGCCGUCAGUAUGUCUUUGUUAAUCAAAGUGAAGUGAACGCUCCAAGGCCAAAAGAGUCAGACCUGUAACUGACUGAUACAGAGAGGUCAUAGCAUACAGAGUUAAAGGCGUCUAAAGAGUUUGAGGACACAAAUGUUCGACAAACUUUAUGCCAAACAAAAUCUGUGAUGCAACAGGAAUUCUGAAAAAGUUGGAUUACUACAGGUCUUAAAAAAACUGGAAAGGGAGCUUGUUUCCUCAGCCAUUUCAAAGGCAUCUGAACAUCGAGGUUCUGAGUUUCUGGAGUUUAGGUGUUGGAACUAAUUUGGUCUUAUUUUAGUCUUUAUUUCAUUCAUUCAUUUCUAGAGCACCUGUCACCACCAGCCAAGGACGCCCAAAGUCCUGUACACAAGGAAAGCAGAAUGCAUUAUAUAAUCAUAAAAAGCAUAAAAAACAUAAAAAAAUCCAGAUAAUUAAAAAGGCAGCUAGGCAGAUACUGCUAUAACUAAGUCUGUUGGGUUUCCAGCGGCUUGACUGUCUAGUUUGCCUCUAACAUUAUUUAUUUAUCUAUAUUUUUUGUUUGUUUGUUUCUUGAAGGAUGCUCCAAAUGAUCUGGAAAGAUCUUGACUGUAGUCAAAUCUGUGGCCGAUUCAGCACAGCAGCCAAACUUGUAACUUUAAAAACGUUGCUAUAGAAGCUGAUAUGCUGAAAAUACAUAUAGCCUUCCAUUAGAGACACUCCAAUCCUCAUUUGAUCAAUUGGAAAAGUGUUUCCAGCGAUGUUUUAAUCUUAAUGAUGCUGUUUUAGACAAAAUGGAAAAACUUGUGUUAUUUUCUAGGACAUAGUUUUUGCAGAGCGGCAGUACUUCUUUGCAAAGUUGCCUCUUUAGUUGUGGGCGGGACCAUUGACACGGAGCAACCCAGACCCCCCCUUCCCAUCACUUAUAACUGAGAGUUCUCUGUUUACACACUAGUUUAAAGCCCUGCAAAAAACCCAACCUAACAUUACCAGAGCAAUAAAAAUAGAAAAUUGGAGCUUUUAAACUCUUUCUAGUCGUCUACAGGCAAAUGCGUCUCAAAGGGGUGUAUUUUCAUGACACAAAUAAGCUCUUUUUCAUAUUUGCUCCUGAUUCACAACAAUGUUAAUAAAAAAACACCCAGAAAUCCCAUCUUAGUUUUCUUAAUAUAUGUCCCCCAUCAUCAGAAAAAUGCUACAAGAACACGUAAAAACACCACAAGCUCAAUAUUAAUCAGAAUAUGUCUUUAAAUAAACACAGUCUGAAAGAAAACACUAUCAUAUUGUUUAAGAUUUAGGGUUUAUAUUUUCUACAACAUGCAAGCUACCCAAAGUGUGUGCACCCCCACCAUGACAACUACAGCCAAAGACACCCUUAUUAGUCUUACUCCUCUCUAGUCUGGAGGACAGUCUCAGGACACUGAGUCUGUGAUUACCAAAACAAGAAAAUCACGUCUAGACUUGUUUGACCAUUCGCCACUUUGAAACUGUUCAUUUUGAUGGACUUUUGGUCCAUAGAACACAACACGUUCAAAUUUCUUUUGACAGAAAUUUAUUUGGCAUUAGCAAAUAGUGCCAUGGAUUGUGUAUUUGUGGCAGUGGCUUCUGAAAGUAUCUCUAAAACCCUUUUCUCAUAGUAUAGACUUUCAUGUGAAGCCUAAAGACUAUAGCCAUCCAAUGCGGGUUCAUGGUCUUGUCUUUUUUGCAGAGAUCUUUAAAUUUCCUGAAUCUUCUGAUUACAGUCUGUCCCCUUUUAGAGAAUUAUUUCACACCUGAAAUAAUUUCAGACCUGACAUGAAAGAAAUAGAAAAUAAAUUAGUUCACUAAUGUCAGGUCUGUGUCUGUGCCCCAGUCCCAGCUAGAUUGAAAACUGUAGCAAACAUUUGGUUUUAAAAGAACUUAUGUAGUGGAUGAAAGUGCAAGAAUUUGCUGUUUUAAGACUGAUUUGAUGUUUUGUGAUUGAGUUUAAAUGAAAAAUGUAAAAAAAAACUUACCAGCUUUUACAAAUUUCAGGCUUCACUUCCCAUGGCGUGGGUCCUUAAGCAAACCCUUCACGCUACUAACUAUGUAGUUACAAGGGAACCUAAGUCUGGGUGUCCCUGUGCCGGUCCCCAGCCUGGAUAACAACAUUAUUAGGACACAAUAAGAACUUUAGGUAAUAAUGUUGAAAAUGUUGCUUCAAAUCAUUGAUUUUUUUAAUACACAGUCCUACUGGAAGAAAAUUAAUGUAUAUUUUUUUCAAACCAAGACUAUCUUGAAUAAAUAACCUCUAAUACAAACGGCACACCGCUGCCAGCUUAAAGUGUCACAGAGAAUUGUAAAGCAAAAGUAGAACUAAUAGUUACUCAUGAUGAGGUACACAAUAAAUAUUGUAAACUUGAACAUCUAUGGUUGAUUGAGUUCUCAUAUGCUGCUUUGCGCUCUAUAUGUCCUUGGCUCAACCAUCAAACCUCCACCACCUGAUCUUUGGUAUGGAUUGUUUCUAGCAAACUUUAGCCAAAAAAUGCUAGAUUUUUCUAACUUUCAAUGAAGUAUUACUGAUUAUUCUAUCAUCAGCUGUAUUUGAAAGGUUACACCGGAUUACCUAUGAAAUCACCUGUAACCAGAAAAAUAUGUUUUUUGAUUAAUAAAAAAAGAACACUUUUUUUCCAAGUAUUAAUUCAUAUGUGAAACAUCAAUAAAGCUAUGAAA